GGGAACCAUCACACUGAUGGGAACUCAAAUGUUGUUACACCGAGAACAUUACGGAACUGUGGUCCUUUAGAGUUCAAGAGAAAUCCAAACGAAUAAUAAGAUGGGUGAGGUAUCCGCAGAUGCUGUCACUCUGAAUCUGCUGAGAGAAGCCAUGGAGACUGUGAGGAGCAGCCCCCUGGGCAUCAUCAACACUCCCUUGAUCCCCUGGUGCCAGACCACCCUGCCUCUCAGCAUUGACUGCAACAUCUUUUUAAAAUUGGAAAACAUGCAGAGAACUGGGUCUUUUAAGAUCAGAGGAGUGGCCAAUCAGUUCACUAAGAGACCAAAGGGUUUACAUUUUGUGACCAUGUCUGCAGGGAACUAUGGGAAAUCUUUUGCAUAUGCUUUAAAACACUAUGAGUCAAAGGGCAAGGUGGUGAUGCCAGAAACUGCUCCAGUGUCCAGAGCCAACCUCUUACAGAGUUUUGGGGUGGAGGUGGAGCGAGUUCCCACCUCCAGUCUGAUGAAUGUGGUGACCCGCUGUGUUCAGGAGGACAAGAUGAUCUUCCUGCAUUCCUAUGAUGACCUGGAUCUAAUAGCAGGACAUGCCAGUCUCGGUAUGGAGGUGCUGGAGGUAAAUUCUGACCCCGAUGUGGUGGUGGUGUGCUGUGGUGGAGGGGGUCUGCUAGCUGGUGUAGCUGCUGCCAUCAAACUAUCAGGCUGUGCUAAAACCAGAAUAUAUGGUGUGGAACCAGAAGGAGCCUGCACCAUGUACAAAAGCUUCAUUGAGAAGAAACCAGUGGGCAUGGACGCCAAGAGCAUUGCCUCAGGUCUAGCACCACCUUUUGCAGGCAGGCUGCCCUACGAGCUGUGCCAACGUUAUGUGGAGGCGAUCGUUCUGGUGAGUGAUCAGGAGAUCAAGGCGGCAGUGUCCACUCUCUACAAGUCUGGACUGGUAGUGGAAGCAUCAGGCUCUGCUGCCUUCGCUGCCAUUGUCAACAACAAGAUACCUGAACUGGAGGGGAAGAAUGUUGUAUGCAUCAUCAGCGGAGGGAACAUUGGAAAAGAUGAGCUUGCUGACUUCCCAGACUGACAGGCAUCUCGGACAUUAUUCUGUAUGAGCAAUUCUGACUAGCUUGUGCCAAUAUAUGGAUACUGGGGAGGAAUCUAGAAGUAACUGUAUGAAAUAGUGAGUUUAUGUUGCAUUAUCUUUGUUCUCAUGGGGUGGAGAUGAAUCUUUAUGAAAUACCUUUUUAUCUAACCACAAUAUGAAUUUUCACAAACUAUAACAAGUUUCUUAAUAAGCAUUGAAAGUGCCAUAAAUCGCUAGUAAUUGAUUAUACAUUUCAUUUCAAUGGAAAUUUUUUCCUUCACUGUAUUGAACUGGGGUCUCUUCUAAUAAACACCUCAAUGUCAUUUUA